AGUGAAGGGUCUUUCAUAUCAUUCAUUAGAUUGACAUCUUGUAAUCCUGAUUCGUAAUUUACAAAUUGCACAUGUUGGUUGGUUUGCUCGCCAACCCAUAAACCCCAAAGUCCCAAAGACCCAGACCCAACCCAACCGCCUCGUCUCCCCGUUGCUCGCCACAUCUCCCCAUUCCCGCCUCCCGAGGCUUCGCCUCUGUCGCCGACGCAUGGGCCCCACAACCCGCACCCAGUUCGUCUACAACCGCCGCCGCCGCCGCCGCAGCGGCGGGCGGCGCGCCGUCGAGGAGGCCUCCGACGAAGAGGAGCAGCGGCAAGACACCUCCUCCUCAUCCUCCGACGACGAAGGAGACGAGGAAGAAGAAGCGGAAGCGUCCGGAGAAGAAGUCGAUGACGACGACGUGGAGGAGGUCGAAGAGGAGGCGGCGGCUGCCGAGCCCGCGGCUAAGGAGCGUCCCGAGAAGAGGGGCGGGAGGAAGGGCCCGAUCACCAUCAGCCUCAAGAAAGUGUGCAAGGUGUGCAAAAGGACAGGGCACGAGGCAGGGUUCAAGGGGGCCGUGUACAUCGACUGCCCCAUGAAGCCUUGCUUCCUAUGCAAAAUGCCAGGUCAUACAACUUUGACUUGCCCACAUAGAGUAGCAAUGGAGCAUGGAGUUAUCCCAGCCCCUAGAAGGAAUACAAACACUUCAUUAGAUUAUGUCUUUCAGAGCCAAGUCAAGGGCAAGAUUUCCAUGGUUAAGCCCAAGUUUCUGAUACCCAAUCAACUAGAGUGUGGAAACAUAAAAUUUCAUCAGAGACGUGUGACUUGCUUGGAAUUUCAUCCAACUAAGAACAAUGUUCUUUUAUCAGGAGAUAAGAAAGGGCUUCUGGGUAUUUGGGAUUAUGUUAAGUUGCACGAGAAGAUUACAUAUGAUUCUGUGCACUCCUGCAUUCUGAACAGUAUGAAGAUUGAUACCUCCAACGAUGGAAUACUAUAUACAGCUUCCUCUGAUGGUACUAUCAGUUGCACAGACUUGGAUACUGGCAUUGGCUCCUCCUUGUUAAAUCUCAACCCGAAUGGUUGGAAUGGUCCAAGCUCUUGGCGCAUGAUAUAUGGGAUGGACUUAAACACUGACAAAGGUCUUCUUUUGGUGGCAGAUAACUUUGGUUUUCUUUACUUCCUGGAUAGACGAUCAAAGACUAGAAUUGGGCAUCCAACUCUUAUACAUAAAAAGGGUAGCAAGGUAACCAGCCUUCAUUGCAACCCUGCACGACCUGAAGUUCUUCUGAGCAGUGGGAAUGAUCACUAUGCCCGUAUUUGGGAUACAAGGAAGCUUGAAGCGAACUCGCCCCUUGCCAGCCUUGCUCAUGGACGGGUGGUUAAUUCAGGUUAUUUUUCUCCACAAAGUGGGAAUAAGAUCUUGACAACAUGUCAGGACAACCGUAUUCGUGUAUGGGACUAUAUUUUCGGUGAUCUUCAAUCCCCAAGUAGAGAAAUUGUGCACAGUCAUGAUUUCAAUCGUCACCUGACACCCUUCAAAGCUGAGUGGGAUCCAAAGGAUUACACAGAAACAGUUGCAGUCAUUGGCCGUUACAUAAGUGAGAACUACAACGGUGUUGCUCUGCAUCCCAUCGAUUUCAUAGAUACCAGUUCUGGGAAGCUUCUGGCUGAGGUGAUGGACCCUGACAUAACAACAAUCAGCCCAGUGAACAAGCUACACCCGCAAGAUGACAUCCUGGCAACAGGAAGCUCAAGGUCCAUUUUCAUUUGGAAACCAAAGAUUGAAGAUGAAUUUACAGAAGAAAGGACCAAACAGAAGGCCAAGGAAUAUGUAUAUGGAUCAGGUUCCCGGAAGAAAUCAAAUGGCAAGCCUGACAAUAGUAGUGAUGACGACUCAGAUGGCGAUUCUGGCAGAAAGAACAAGAAAGCAAAGAAGACUCGUUUCACUCACACCGCAAAAGGAAAAGGCAAAUCCAAAGUCUGAUACUUGGUGUACUUCAUGCUUCAGUAAUUUUGACAAGAAAUCGGCCACUUACCAGCCGUUGCUGAACCUUCGUUUCAUCUUUUGUACCAUCUUGGCCCCUAGCUAAGAUGCUGAAGACCCAUAGUUAUCUACUGCAUGCACCCAAGGAGUUUUUGAUAAGGAGCCCCCAAGGAGUUAGCUCUAUAAGUAGGUUUCUGUUGCUUUUGGAUUCUGACAUGCUUAUGGUCACUGGUCAAUGUUGGCUUUUAACGGUUCAUCCAAUAUAUAAAUGCUCCUGUCCAGUUGGCUGAA